GAAAUUUGAAAGCUGUUGGAGGAUCUUGAAGCCUUAUCUUAGAAGCGUUUUGGAACAAAACCAAUGGUUAACGAAGGAAAUGAUCAUGUGAGAGGCAAUCACGAUGCCCAUGUUAGAUAUCUUAGGUGGUAUUUUGUGCUUAAAUGACUCUUGCAUUAGGAAACUCGUGUAGGAGCUGCUCAACAUGAAAUGAAGUCAUCAGUUAUACAACUACAACCAUCCUUUUUUUGUUGACAUAGACAAGAGGUCCCUUAUUGUCAUUUUGAUGAAUUUCUUGAAAUAACCAAACGCAAAUCCAACAAUUUUAGGAUCAGAUAAGACCAUUGAUCCAAGCCCACUACCAGCAGCAAGUGCAACACUUUUCGGAUCAUAUAAGACCAUUGAUUCGGGCCCACUACUAGUUUCAAAUCCAACAAUUUUCGGAUCAGAUAAGACCACUGAUCUAGACCUCCUACCUGAUCCCAUUUCAACAAAUUUCUAAAUCAGAUAAGACCACUGAUCGAAGCCCAUACGAAGAUCCAAGUCCAACAAUUUUUGGAUCAGAUAAGACCGUUGAUCUACACCCAUUUCGACAUCGAAGUCCAAAAAUAUUCUUGAUUUUUGUGCAAAGUUUACCUUUUUUGUGUAGUGCCACUUUUUUCGUAGGUUUUGUGGUGUUGGAAGCUUGUUUUGUCUAGUUUCUGUUUGAUAAAUGCCUUCUGUAGCUACUCUAUGAAACUAUUAGAACGGUUUUGGACCUGUUUGCGUCCUUGUUUGCAAUGCAGUCUCACUUGUGUUUUUGCUUAAAUUUUGUGUGAAUCAUGUGUUCUUAGCGUGAGAUUUAACUGGUUUUAGGUUGUUGAAAUAGGUAGGUGGCAUCGAGCACGUGCAUCAUUAUCUGGCAUCUUUUUGAAAUGCAUGAAAGGGAGGAGAUGACUGCACGGAGAAAUGAGAGAAUUGUUGGAGGAUCUUGAAGCCUUUUCUUGGAAGCGUUGCGGAACAAAACUAAUGGUUUACAAAGGAAACAAUCAUUUUAGAGGCAAUGACAAUGCCGAUGUUGGACUUCUUAGGCCAAUAACUGAUUUUGAUGAACUCACUUUCCACUAUGUUGAUUGUAUUGCCGUCCAUGUGGACCAUGUCAAACGACAGUCUGGAGGUGCACAGAUGCAACCUAGUUCAACGCUCUCGGUCUUCCAGAAUGGUUCCGUGGGACAUCAACCUCUGUCGCUAAUCAAAGAAGUGAAAUGCACAUCUGAGAAGGCAAGCAGUAGAAGCUACUAUGAACUGACAAUUGAGAUAUGCUUACAAAAGAAAGCAUAUGAAAAGGAAAAAUCGUUACAGAAAACAAGAAACAAAGCAGUUUUGGUGGUUGAGUUCUAAAAUCUUUCUGUGGUGAAACCGGGUGUAUAACCUUUUGUUGGUUUCUAAACUUUCUCCACUUGCUCAUGGUUGUUCAAUUAUCUGGAAAAUUACCAAUGGCCUGAUUAGUUUUAUUUUAAUCUGUUAUUAUUCGUUAUUCAUGAAAACACAGCAUUGUAUAUGGAAAUAUUAGGAAGAGCGUCUACCAUACCAGGGACAUUGUUACCAAAACUGGUUUGGGGAGCACAAGGAGCAAGUUGUUGAUGCUGUUACAUUGAAGACUCUGGACUUUGUGUGUGGUAUUCAGCAUCUGUGUUCCGCUUAAUGCAUAUUUUUUUCGUGAUCACGGGUAUAAUGGUUGGUAUUCAUCUUGUUGGAUCUGCUUUAUCGACGUUGGGCCUGGCAUUGAUCGGUUCUAUUUGAUAUUUCAUUAAGU